AUGCGCCGAUUCUCCACGCGUGCAUUGCUUCAAGCAAGACCGCCGCUUCUCUCCGCCAGAUCUGCUUCUCCCCUCCCCUCUUUUCUAUCCGCCCCUCGUUCUGCUUCUACGCCUGCUCCGAGACCACCUCGUCGUCCUCGCUCUCCUCUCUCUCAAACUUCCAAGCGCUAUUGUUCCUACCGCAGAAUGUGCAGCUCUCGACGUGGCGAGGUCUCCGGCUCGACCAAUGUCCAGGGCCGUGAGGUCCUGCCCACCAACGUCAAGCCGGUGCACUAUGACCUAACCCUCGAGCCGAACUUUGAGAAAUUCACUUACGAGGGAUCUGUUGUCAUUGAUCUCCAUGUGAACGAGGACACCGACUUCGUCUCCCUCAACUCCAACCAGAUUGAUAUUCACAGCGCCGUUAUCUCCUCGCAGGGCUCCAUUGUUGAAUCCAAGCCUGAAAUCUCCCUCAACGACGAUGCUCAGACCGCCACAAUUAAGUUCAGCCAGGCUCUCGCCGCGGGGUCCGAUGCCCAGCUGAAGCUCACCUUCACUGGUAUCCUGAAUGACAACAUGGCCGGUUUCUAUCGCUCGUCGUACAAGGAGAAUGGAGAGACCAAGUAUAUUGCCUCCACCCAGAUGGAGCCUACCGAUGCCCGCCGGGCCUUCCCUUGCUUCGAUGAGCCUGCGCUGAAGGCCAAAUUCACAGUGACCCUGGUCGCGGACAAGAGCAUGACUUGUCUGAGUAACAUGGAUGUCUCCAGCGAGACCGACGUUCAAGGUAGCUCCAAGAAAGCUGUUAAAUUCAACACUACCCCCGAUAUGUCCACUUACCUGGUUGCUUUCAUUGUUGGACACCUUAACUAUGUCGAGACCAAGAACUUCCGCGUCCCCGUUCGUGUGUAUGCUACCCCCGACCAGGACAUCGAACACGGUCGUUUCUCUCUGGAGCUCGCUGCCAAGACUCUGGCCUUUUACGAGAAGGCCUUUGACAGCGACUUCCCGCUGCCGAAGAUGGACAUGGUGGCAGUGCCCGACUUCAGCGCGGGAGCCAUGGAGAACUGGGGUCUUAUCACCUACCGAAUCGUCGAUGUGCUGCUGGAUGAGAAGACCAGUGGUGCUUCGCGCAAGGAGCGUAUCGCCGAGACCGUUCAGCACGAACUGGCUCACCAGUGGUUUGGUAACCUGGUGACCAUGGACUUUUGGGAUGGCCUGUGGCUCAACGAGGGUUUCGCAACCUGGAUGUCUUGGUACUCUUGCAACGUUUUCUAUCCCGAGUGGAAGGUCUGGCAGACCUACGUUAUCGACAAUCUGCAGGGUGCCCUUUCUCUGGACUCCCUUCGUUCCAGUCAUCCCAUCGAGGUGCCUGUCAAGCGCGCCGAUGAAAUCAACCAGAUUUUCGAUGCCAUCUCCUACUCCAAGGGUUCUUCCGUACUCCGCAUGAUCUCCAAGUAUCUCGGUGAGGAUGUCUUCCUGCAGGGUGUCCGCAACUACAUCAAGAAACACGCCUACGGUAACACUGAGACUGGUGAUCUGUGGUCUGCCCUUGCCGAUGCAAGCGGUAAGCCCGUACAGUCUGUCAUGGACAUCUGGACCAAGAACGUUGGAUUCCCUGUCAUCGGUGUCACUGAGAACCCCAGUUCUUCCUCCAUCACCCUGAAGCAGAACCGCUUCCUGCGCACCGGUGAUGUCAAGCCGGAGGAGGACAAGGUCCUCUUCCCCUGCAUGCUGGGCCUGCGCACCAAGGAUGGCGUCAACGAGAAUACCAUGCUGACCGAGCGCGAGGCUGAGUUCAAGGUUCCCGACCUGGACUUUUUCAAGGUCAAUGCCGAUCAUUCCGGUAUCUACCGCACCUCCUACACCCCUGAGCGCCUCACCAAGCUCGGCAAGGCUGCGCGUGAUGGCCUGCUGUCCGUCGAGGAUCGCGCUGGUAUGAUCGCUGACUCCGGUGCCCUGGCUGCCUCUGGCUACCAGAAGACUUCUGGUAUGCUGUCGCUGCUUCAGGGGCUUGACACCGAGUCGGAGUUCGUUGUCUGGAACGAGAUCUUGACCCGUAUCGGUACCCUCCGUGCCGCGUGGAUGUUUGAGGACAGCAAGACCAAGGACGCCCUCAAGGCUUUCCAGCGUUCGCUUGUCUCUUCCAAGGCCCACGAGCUUGGCUGGGACUUCUCCGAGAAGGAUGACCACAUCCUGCAGCAGUUCAAGGCCCUCAUGUUCGGCUCUGCCGGUAUGGCCGAGGAUCCCAUUGUUAUCAAGGCUGCCCAGGAUAUGUUUGCCCGCUUUGCCGCCGGUGACCUCUCUGCCAUCCACCCUAACAUCCGUGGCAGUGUCUUCACUAUCGUGCUGAAGCACGGUGGUGUCAAGGAAUACGAUGUUGUCCUGGACCGCUUCCACAACGCCGCGACCUCGGACGAGAAGACCACUGCCCUGCGUUGCCUGGGUUCUGCUCCAGACCCUGCACUCAUCAAGCGCACCCUCGGCCUGGCCAUGGGUGACGAGGUCAAGAACCAGGAUAUCUACAUGCCCCUUAGCGGUCUCCGCAACCACCAGGCCGGCAUCGAGACCCGCUGGUCCUGGCUGAAGGAAAACUGGGACUCUAUCUACCAGCGUCUACCUCCCUCCCUCGGCAUGCUGGGAACUGUUGUCCAACUCACUACUUCCAGCUUCAGCACCGAGGCCCAGCUGAACGAUGUCAAGGCAUUCUUCGAUGCCAAGGACACCAAGGGCUACGACCGUGCCGUAGAGCAAAGCCUCGACGCCAUCCGCGCUAAGGUCAACUGGAUCGGCCGUGACCGCGAUGAUGUCGAAACCUGGUUGAGCAAGAACCAAAGCAAGCUGUAG